AUGGUGACUGUCCCUGACUCUACUGACUCUCCCCAGGGCACAAACGUGACAGCAGAACCUCUCCUGGCUCCCUCUAUUUCCGGACAAGACAUUAAAGAAGAGGAAGUGGACAAUGAACUUGUGGCUGUUGUUGGAGGUGGAGAGCCUGAAGAAAUUAAAUCAGGCACAACAGCAGCACCAGAACCUCUGCUGGCUCCCUCUCUUUCUGGACAAGAGGGUAAAGAAGAGGAAGUGGACAAUGAACCCGUGGCUGUUGUUGGAGCCGCAGAGCCUGAAGAAAUUAAAUCAGGCACAACACCAGCACCAGAACCUCUGCUGGCUCCCUGUCUUCCCGGACAAGAGGGUAAAGAAGAGGAAGUGGACAAUGAACCCGUGGCUGUUGUUGGAGCCGCAGAGCCUGAAGAAAUUAAAUCAGGCACAAACGUGACACCAGAACCUCUGCUGGCUCCCUCUGUUUCCGGACAAGACAUUAAAGAAGAGGAAGUGGACAAUGAACUUGUGGCUGUUGUUGGAGCUGCAGAGCCUGAAGAAAUUAAAUCAGACACAACAGCAGCACCAGAACCUCUGCUGGCUCCCUCUGAUUCUGGACAGGAGGUUGAAGAGAAAGAAGUGGAGAAGGAACCUGUGGCUGUUGGAAAAGUCAUGCCUGAGAGAAGGAAAUCAAUCCUCAAGAGGCCUGGUGCUGCUGCAGAACCACAACCUAAAAAAGUCACCUUUGCUGACACUGAAAUGCCAAGCACAAGCACCGGGAAAGGCGACACUCCGAAGAAAAGCAUUCUGAAGAAAAGCAUUCUGAAGAAAAGCAUUCCAAAGAAAAUCACGCACCAGCCGCCAACGCUGUCCCCACUAACACAACUUUACCUUAAUGACCUCAAGGGCAUUGUGAGUGAGGGGAACCCUACGAAAAAAUACACUGUACAGCAGAUAAUUGGCCAAGGGUCUUGUGGAAGAGUUUUCCGAGGAGUUGACAUUGAUACAGGAAGACGGGUGGCCAUCAAGAUGAUGUGUCUUUGCAAGGAAAAGUACGCAAGAGAGAUAAUUUUAACUGAGGUUUCACUCUUGAGUAGCGUGAGGCACCCCAAUAUCAUUCGCUAUAUAGACAGCUACCUUUUCAAUGAACAACUCUGGCUGGUGAUGGAAUACGUGGAGGGAUGCUCCUUAGCUACUGUGGUUUUCAUACAAGCUCUUGAGGAAGAGAUGAUAGCCUCUAUCAGUCGGGAGUGCCUGAAAGCCCUGGACUUCCUUCAUUCAAAUCUAGUGAUCCACAGAGACUUCAAAAGUGCCAAUAUUCUUCUCGGAAUGGAUGGAUCCGUCAAAUUGAUUGAUUUUGGCUUCUGUGCUUGGCUUAAUCCCUGGGAGAAGAAACGGAGGUCUUUAAUUGGGACUCCUUUCUAUAUGGCACCAGAAAUGUUGGCAGGAGACAAAUAUGAUGCCAAAGUGGACAUCUGGGCCCUUGGGAUCACGGCACUAGAAAUGGUGGAUGGUCCUACACAGGUAAGGUGCAAAUACUGUCAGAGAGCCCUGCCUUUCUCCCCUGAGCCAUAUCUUUCUCCCACUCACAUCAGCUUGAACUAG